CUAAAGAUUACCGUAAGCAUUUUGGAAAUCUGGUAGUCUGGUACAGCUUGUUUUGGUUAAUGUGGUAACCUGACGGAGUAAAUAAAGAUGAUUACAUUAGUAAAAGAAAAUUAAAAAAAAAAAAAAUACGAAUUUUGUAUUAAUCUCUUCACCGAGAGAGAUAAGUCUGGAUGCCGAAAGAAUGAAUUCCUUCUACGCCGUUACAAAAACACAGAGAAGAAGCUAAGAAGAAGAGAGCGGAGGAUGAAACAGCUCGUCUGUAUCAGGAACCGUUUCGAGGAGAUGGUGCACCUAAUACUUUCGUUCGAGGUGGUACAAUCAAUCCCAAUGAUAAGCCCCAAGCCUGAUUCUCAAGGUGAAACGUCCAGAGAUGGGGCUUCCAUUUCAAAGAAGGGGAGUAGGUAAGACUGGAUUGCUUUUGACUAAUCAAUCUCAUCGUAGAGUAGAUGGAGAUGGAGACGAAAACGCGACAAAAGACAUUCUGGUUUUGUUGCUUUCAUGAACAGAGCCAAUGGGCAAACUGCAAAGGAUGAAAUGCAAGGGAUCAUUGUGUAUGAGUAUGAGCUGAAAAUUGGGUGGGGUAAAGCGGGUUGUCUGCCAUCACAAGCACUACCAGCUGCACCUCCUGGCCAUAUGGCUAUCCGGAAUAAGGAGGUUCUUACCCCAAAUGUUCCGGAUAUCACUGUUGUUUUUCCAGAGGACGAGCACCUCAAACAUAUUAUUGAUGCAAUGGCCCUUAAUGUACUGGACGGUGGAUGCGCUUUUGAACACUCUAUUAUGGAGAGGGGACGUGGGAAUCCACUUUUUAACUUCUUGUUUGAGCUGGGAUCGAAGGAGCAUACCUACUAUGUCUGGAGGCUCUAUUCCUUCGCUCAGGGUGAUACCCUUCAAAGAUGGAGAACAGAGCCGUAUAUCAUGAUAGCUGGAAGUGGAAGAUGGAUUCCGCCACCACUGCCUGCACCUAGGAGCCCAGAGCAUGGAAAAGAGACUACAGGCACUUAUGCAGCACGGAAAAUUAGGCGGAUGGAAGCCGAACAAACUCUAACCGAUCCUCAAAGCGAUGAAUCCGAGGACAUGUUGCGUGCUCUAACUUUAGAACGGAGUCAAAUCAAAGAAGCUAUGGGGUUUGCUUUGGAUAACGCAGAUGCAGCUGGAGAGCCGGAGCUAAAAGCCUUUGAGAAAAAGGAGAAACAUGACCUCAUUUUGCCAACUUCCAGAUGGGCGAGAGAGGAUAAUGAAACUGAUGAUGAACAAAAAAAGAGCUACUCGUCUGGUAGGGACAAUGCUGGUGGAAUUACUUUCAAGACCGAUGAAGAAGAUCUCAAGGAUGAUCCAAGUGUUCGUGUCCAGCCUGAAAAUGGAAUCGACGAGGAGCAAAGACAAAAUCUUAGACGGAUAGAGGUUGAUUUGAUAGAAUAUAGAGAAUCUCUGGAGGAACAGGGGAUGAAAAACUCUGAGGAGAUAGAAAGAAAAGUCGCAAUCCACCGAAAGAGGCUUGAAGCUGAUGGCUUAUCAGGAAAUCAGAGAGUAUUACUGGAGAAAAGGGAGAGGCGUGAAGAUUCUAGAGAUUCAUCUAGAAAGAGUUACCGAAGUGAGAGCCAGGGUCGAAGCCAAAGUCCGCCACAGAAAUCAACCAGAGAAAGGGUAAAAGAUCAUGACUUGGACAAAGACAGACACAGAGACAGAGAUAGGCAACAACAUGAUUUGAACAAGGACCGAGAACGAAGAACAAAGAGCUCAAGUCAUGAGAGAGAUGAUCAUGAUAGAAGCAGAGAACGACAUAGAGAUUGGCGCAGACGAGGCAUGAGAUGAGAUGAUUGUUUGUUUCGUCUCUGCAGGACACGUGAUAUGUUAUUUCUAUGAAGAUUUUUGUCUCAUACUUGAGUGAGUCUGGAAAAAUAUCUAAGAAACACAAUUGUAUUUUGUGUGUUUACAGUCCCGUUUUCAUAGUUCCAUUUGAGAACCACAUAUGCUGAGCACUAGCAGACGGUGAUGAUUG